GGCAGUCCGGUAAAUUCCUAGGGCAGUGGCGGCCGACGACCUCUUCGAGAACCGAGACUCGUCCUCCCCAUUGCUAGUUUGCUACUCCCUCCCUCACUCUGACGUGGCAAUUCUUCUGCUUCCGCUCACGCUCCCUCGUCGUCGCCGUCGUGCCUCCGAUCGCCGCUGCUUCUGCUCCUAGUCGGAGCCGAGGGGUCUCUGCGGCCGACGAGCCCAGGGCGAGGCGGCGUCACCGGCAGCAGGAGGCGGGAGAUCUCGGCGCCAUGUCGUUGGACUCGGACGCCUCCUCGCAGGGCGGGGACCACCGGAGCUUCCGUCAGAUCACGCGAGAUCGUUUAUUAUUUGAAAUGCUCAGAUCAACUAGGAAGGAUUCAAAAUCCACAUGGAAGUGGUUGAAGAUUUGUACAAACGGAGGCAACCAUUGCCUUCACUGGAUGCCAUAUAUUUCAUCCAACCAACUAAAGAAAAGGCUGGAAAUGAGUUGGUUUGAGCAAGCUGGACUACACUUAGCUCUACUCAUUUUAAAAAGUGGGCCUUUAAAUUCAGUCAACAUUGUCAUGUUCCUAUCAGACAUGUCAGGCAGAAGCCCUUUGUACAAGAAGGCAUAUGUGUUUUUCAGUUCUCCUAUACAUAAAGAAUUAGUUGCUCAAAUUAAAAAAGAUUCAAGUGUGCUACCUCGUAUUGGCGCACUUAGUGAGAUGAAUUUGGAGUACUUUGCUAUUGAUUCUCAGGGUUUCAUAACUGACCAUGAGAGGGCAUUGGAAGAACUUUUUAGCGAAAAUGCAGAAGGAUCUCACAAGUACAAUGCUUGUCUGAAUACAAUGGCUAAUCGUAUAUCUACGGUAUUUGCAUCAAUGAGGGAAUUCCCCCAUGUGCACUACCGUGUCGCCAAGACAAUUGAUGCUUCUACAAUGACAACACUACGAGACUUGGUCCCCACAAAGCUUGCUGCUGGUAUAUGGAAUUGUCUUGCGAAAUAUAAAACAGCAAUACCUGAAUUUCCUCAAACAGAAACAUGUGAAUUACUUAUAGUAGACCGUUCAAUAGAUCAGAUUGCGCCAAUUAUUCAUGAAUGGACUUAUGAUGCCAUGUGCCAUGAUCUGCUAUGUAUGGAUGGCAACAAAUAUGUUCAUGAGGUUCUGAGCAAAAAUGGGUCGGCAACUGAAAAAAAGGAGGUCCUGUUAGAAGAUCAUGACCCUGUAUGGCUUGAGCUUAGGCAUGCCCAUAUAGCAGACGCAAGUGAGAGAUUGCAUGAUAAGAUGACCAACUUCAUUUCAAAGAAUAAAGCUGCUCAACUGCACCAAGCAAGAACCGGUGGAGAACUAUCUACAAGAGAUUUACAAAAAAUGGUUCAAGCUCUUCCACAGUACAGUGAUCAAAUUGACAAGCUUUCUCUGCAUGUUGAGAUUGCAGGAAAACUCAAUAACAUAAUAAGGGAACAAAAUCUUCGGGAUGUUGGACAGCUAGAGCAAGAUCUCGUGUUUGGUGAUGCUGGAACAAAAGAAUUAAUCAACUUUUUGAGAACACAAUUGGGUGUAAGUCGUGAAAAUAAGUUGCGCUUGCUGAUGAUUUAUGCAGCACUUAAUCCGGAGAAGUUCGAAAGUGCCAAGGGUGCAAAAUUGAUGCAGUUGGCAGGAUUAUCUGCUGAUGACAUGAUUGCCGUAAAUAAUAUGCAUUGCUUAUGUGGGCCUGAUGCGAAAAAGUCCUCAGGAGGAGGUUUUACACUGAAGUUUGAUGUUCAUAAGAAGAAACAUGGACAUCGAAAAGAGCGAACAAGGGAAGAAUCAGCAUGGGCGCUCUCCCGAUUUUAUCCUGUUCUAGAGGAAUUGAUUGAGAAGCUCAGCAAAGGUGAGCUGCCAAAAGAUGAAUAUAACUGUAUGAACGACCCUAGUCCUAGUGCCCAUGGACCACCAACCAGUACCUCUGUCCGAACAAGUCCAGCUCACUCAAUGAGAUCUAGACGAACAGGUGGCACUUGGGCCAGGCCUCGUGGCUCUGAGGAUGGAUAUUCAAGUGAUUCUGUGUUGAAGCACGCAUCCAGCGACUUCAAAAAGCUUGGUCAGCGUAUAUUUGUUUUUGUCAUUGGUGGUGCUACUCGAUCAGAGUUACGUGCUGUACACAAGCUUACAACCAAGCUGAAGCGGGAAAUCAUCCUUGGUUCAUCUAGCCUUGAUGACCCUCCCCAAUUCGUCACAAAACUGAAGUUGAUGUCAGCCGAAGAACUGACACUUGAUGAUCUUCAGAUAUAAAUAACGUCAUUACCCACUUCGAACGGUGCAGCUCCAUCUUAAUUUCUCUGUUGUACCUAUCUUUUAAUUUUCUUUGUAAUUUUUAUGUUGGCUCUUGUGCGUUGGGCAGCACCAUAUUCAUUCGGUAGGAAGCGUAUUCUCAACACCAAUUGAAUGUAUGUACAUAAUAGUGGCCACAGUUGUAAGUUGUAACUAUACGAAUCAAUUUUUUUAUUGGGCCAAUAGUGGGUUAGUUUCCUUUCCCCAAUGUACGUUAAGAAAUCGAUUUCUGUAUCCAUACAAGCCUGAGACUGGUUAUACUGUAAACUGUACGCUGUAUUGCAGCCAAAGCUUGCGCUGGUACCAUCUAACCUAAAUAACCAUUGGUUUCACUCA